UCAAAUAUAUACAUACACACAGAUGUAUAUAUAGGUUUUCGAGGAUGCUGUACGGUUUUUUCGUUUCUGCAUCCAUUGGAGGUACUUCUCUGAAUUAAUCGAAAUUGGAGAUGGCGACCACGAUGACAUCUCUGCCGGCGACGUCCUCUUACUCCGUCGGCUUUGGGAUUCCCUCUGUCAUUACUCCUCAAACGCGCUUCCAUCGCCGUCGAAUUGUAAUUGCGAAAGCCGAGCCCUCAGAUAAGUCUGUUGAGAUUAUGCGUAAAUUCUCAGAGCAGUACGCCCGUAAAUCUGACACGUUUUUUUGCGUCGACAAAGGUGUUACUUCUGUAGUUAUCAAGGGGUUGGCGGAUCAUAGAGAUUCAUUGGGUGCACCGCUUUGUCCUUGUAGGCACUAUGAUGACAAAGCUGCAGAGGCAAGUCAAGGCUUUUGGAAUUGCCCUUGUGUACCCAUGAGAGAAAGGAAGGAGUGUCAUUGCAUGCUUUUCCUCACGCCCGAUAACGACUUUGCCGGCAACGAGCAGGCUAUUUCCUUGGAAGAAAUCAAAGAAUUGACUGCCAACAUGUAGCUGCCCCAAUCUCUUUCCAAACCACAGUUCCUUACAUUUAUAUAUGUAUCUUAAAUGAUUAUUAUAUCAUAUCACCAAUUUGGUUGUAUUUAAUCACUAAUAUUUAACUUCCCUUCCA